AUGGGACUAUACCAAAAGGGGGUUCAGCCUGGAGAACACGUGGUACUAAGAGGCAAAGGACUACCGAAGCAUGGUUUCCUAGUUCACCAUGGAGACCAAUAUGUUCGCUUUCGAGUCCAGUUUCCGACUAAAAUAAAUGAACGAAAACAUGCGAUAUUAGAAGAAUUUGUGAAGGAGGAGAUAAUUCAUGGAAACAGCAACUCCAACGAUAAAGACUGGUUUCAGCGGAUAAUUGAACGUGUUAUGGGUCAGAGAUUUGUGCUUGACUUCUUGAUAUUCUUAUUGAUCCUUUUUUUGCUGAGCAAAACCACGGGCUGACUGUUGGCGCAAGGCGAUUCGAUCAAGAUACAUAGGCCAAUUGUCAUUGCUGUAGAGAUUUGCUGACUUUUCCAUUCUUUGGAGUUCUGUUUAUCGAAGGUACCAAUUUUAUUCCCACACCCCAAGUUAUUGGCAUAGUUCAUUGUCUGCACAUUGCUUUUCCUUUUAUUUUAGUCUACUACUUUCUCAUUUUACAAUGUUCUUCCAAAAAAUUGUUGAAUAGAAGUGGCUACCUUAUGUUUAACAAGUGAUUGUCUUGUAUAAUUCUCUAGAAAUCUUCAUACUGAAUCUC